UCAUUUUUUGUCAUUUACCUUGUACCAAAAGCUACAUAAUAAUAGUGCAUUUAGUACAUAGCAGGAAAUCAAGGAUCAGAAGUAAAUUAACAGUAUUUCGAAACAUCUAACUAUUUAGUGGUUGCAGUCGAGACAGUGAUAGGCUACUACACAACAUACUACAUGCAGAAAAAGACAAGAGGUAAUCUCUCCUCUCUUCCUCACACACACGCGCAGACAGUGGACUUCCUGAUGGACUGUAACGACUCACAGAAAGUGAAAGCAUUGGUGGUGUGUCGCCUAAAGACGUUGCAGGCUACGAACUCAACAAUGGCCAGUGGGAAACUGCUGAAUAUCUUGGACGAGUUAACCACAGAUAAUCUGAAAACAUUUAAGUGGCAUCUGAAAAAUGGUAUUGACGGAUUUCCCGCCAUCCCAGUGAGCCAGCUAGAAACCGCCGACAGGACAGACGUGGUGGAUAAAAUGGAGCAGCACUACAAACCUGAGGGGUCGGUACAAAUCACCCUUCUCAUCCUUGAGAGGAUGAAACAAAUCAAUCUUGCUGAGAAGCUUCGAAAGGCUUAUGGAGUGACCCUAGCUGCAGCCCCUGCCCUGAACCCAGGCCCCCCUCCACAGCCCUUUGGACGGGAUUUCCUGAAGACACACAAAGCAGCGCUGGAGAUCAGGAUCAACAGCCUGGCACCCCUUCUGAGGGGUCUGGAGAGCAAGAAUAUCCUGAAUGAGGAGGAGAGAGAGGACAUCGAAAGCCAAUCCACCUCAACCAAAAAGAACCAUGCUCUCCUCACCAAUAUCUCCAGGAAGGGAAACAAAGCCCAGGAUGAGUUCUACCAGGUUCUAAAAACAUCUGACCCUUACCUGGUAGAAGAUCUGGAGAAGACAUCCUAGGAGGGAACAUGAGCUUCUGAAUACCGAGAUUAUGGUUGAAAGGUUAUGGUUGAAAGGUUCAUUUGUACAACAGAUUAAUCGGAUUCCAAUAAACCACAUCCUUCUUAUUGUCAAAGAACUGUUGUUUUAUGUACCUGUACUUCACGCAUGACCAGUAUCAUCCCUUCAAACUCUGCAUUUCAUUUAUAACAAUUCCUCAAUUCAUACAUAUUGAACAAAUAUACAAAAUAUAUUAAGUUGUUUCAUCCCAAAAAUAAACAACGUUAAGCUACAUCAAAUGAUCAACAAUACAUUUGAUGGUUAAA